UGACCAUAACCAGCCACACCCCCAGCCCAGACUGAGCUCAGUGAGCUGCUGAAAUCCAAGAAGAGAUAUCCAUUAUAUCUAGGGACACCAGAUUGGCUAUGGACAAUACGAUACAAAAGACUGUUCAUGUUUUAGCUCAACUAGCCCCGUCCAGUGGAGGGAGUGGUGCCUCUAAGAGCUUCCAGCAGCUCGUGAGGAGCAUCGGAGAGGCUAAGACGAAACACGAGGAGGAUCGUAUCAUGAAGAGAGAGGCGGUCAUUUUGAAAGAGAAGCUGGGAUCAAGAGACACCAACACUCGUCAAAUGAGAGAGUAUUUGAUUCGACUGAUAUACUGUGAGAUGUUGGGGGUGGAGUGCUCCUGGGGAUACAUUCAUGCCGUCAAAUUCACUCAGAGCUCUAACAUAGCAGACAAAAGAAUAGGGUAUCUUGCCUCAUCUCUUCUCUUGCAUCCUAACCAUGAGCUAAACAUGUUACUGAUAAACAGCUUACAGAGAGAUCUUCGCAGUUCUAAUAUGCUUGAAGUCUCAAUGGCUCUUAUCAUUAUAUGCCGACUCAUUGGCGAAGAAAUGGUACCGCCCCUUCUCCCUCUAGUACGAGAGAAAAUGCACCAUCCAAAGGAGCUUGUUCGGAAGAAGGCUAUUCUAGCAAUGCAUCAUUUCUAUCGUUGCUCCUCUGACAGUAUUGGGCAUUUAUUGGAAGAGUUUCGUCAGGCUCUUUCUGACCCUGACCCUGGCGUGAUGGACGCUGCCGUAGUCCUCCUACAUGAUAUGAUAAAGGGUAACCCCAGUGCUUAUAAAGACCUCUGCCCUGCUUUUAAGAGCAUUCUCUCACAGAUUAUUAGCCGACGUCUCCCGCAAACAUUUGAGUAUCACUCGGUUCCGGCCCCCUGGAUACAGAUACGCAUACUAAGGAUACUAGCAAUACUGGGGACUGAUGACGCCAAGAUAAGUGAAGAUGUUUAUGAUGUUAUAGAGGCAACACUUGGUUCUGCUGAAUGCACAUCAAAUAUUGGACAAGCGAUUACGUACGAGUGUAUCAGAACCAUCUCUUCAAUCUAUCCUAAACCGUCCCUCAUACAGAAAGCAGCUAACACCAUUUCAAGGUUUUUGGUGUCGUCGAGUAACAACUGGAAGUAUUUGGGUAUAACGGCACUAGCAGCUUUGGUACUCAUCGAACCAAAGUAUGCUCUGAACCAUCAAAUGACAGUCAUAGAGUGCUUGGAUGAUCCGGAUGAGACUUUAAAGAGAAAGACAUUAGAUCUCCUAUACAAGAUGACCAAUCCCUCAAAUGUGACCGUCAUCACUGAGAAACUCAUCGCUUAUCUGAGAAAAACAACAGACGAAUUCAUCAAGACGGACCUGGUCUCUAAAAUAACGCAACUUGCUGAAAGAUUUGCUCCCGAUAACUCCUGGUUCAUUAGCACAAUGAACUCUGUCUUUGAGUUAGGAGGGAGUCUCGUUAGAAGAGAAGUAGCUCACAAUCUCAUGAGACUCAUUGCUGAAGGCACUGAAGAUGAGGACUUGGAUAAAGAGUUGAGAGGGAAUGCUGUUAGCUCGUACAUAGCCUUGUUGAGCAAACCACAGGAACUACCUGAUGUACUUAUAAAGAUUAUCUGCUGGGUUGUUGGUGAGUAUGUGUAUGAAGUGGAGGAUGAGUAUCAGGUGGAAGAUGUGCUUGAGAAGAUCACUGGACUAUUACAAUUAGAAUUUAAAGAUAUUAGGACGUAUUCGUGGAUAAUAAAUAGCAUUGCUAGACUCAUUGCACUCAUUGGGUAUGUUCCUGAGUACCUCCACUCUCAGUUAGCUGUCUAUCUUGCCUGGGAAGACACUGAUGUCCAACAACGUUGUAGUGAAUUGUUUGAGUUUUCAGAGAAGCUAGAGCUAAUGCAGGCUGUUCUGCCACUGGACUCAGCUUGUGAAGACUUAGAGAUUGAUGCUUCUCUGUCAUUUCUUGAUUCUUAUGUCUCAGAAGCACUAGUGCAAGGAGCCUCACCUUAUAAGCCUCCUCAUAUGAGAGUGUCCCAAAAAGCUUCACAAUCUCCUAAGCCUCAGCAAAGACCCUCGAUCAAGUUUGAGCCGUAUGCGACUCCCUCUAGGCCGAUCGCUACUUCUCAUGUUACGUCUAGUUCUCCGUCUCUGGCUCGUAAAGAAUUGACUGAUUCUUUAUCGUCGUCCUCGUCAGUGGGCGGGGCUGAAGUAACAAGGGAUCGGGAGAGCAUUUCUGAUGAGUCUAAGCCACACACACAGUCGACCCUUAAGUCUGGUAUACAGUCCAAAGGUAAUCAAAAGUGGUCCAGAACUGGCUAUGCAAAAGCAGCUGCCCCAGUGAUUGUAGAUAAUAUUAGUAACAGGAUUGAUGAUGUAUCAGAGUCAGUAAGAUCAUCAACCAGUAGUAUUGAUGAUAUUAAAGAACCAAAAGCUGAGACUGCAGCCAAUGCCACUAGCAUUAAGGGCAGUAGCAUAGAAGCUGUUCCCCAGAUCCCUGUAGAGCAGGCUAAGAAGCAGCAGCUGGCAUCGGCUUUAUUCACUGGUCUAUCUGGACCAGCUCAAAGACCCUCUAAGCAAAGGAGAGGAAGAGAAGAGAGAGAAAGAGGAUCCUCAAAACUCAAUACCAAUGCCAACGAUGAUAAAGGAAAGACACAAGAGACAAGUCAAUUAAUAGAUUUAGAGGGUAUUGAUUUCUCUACUACUGGCACUGCUCCUGUUGCUGCUCCUCCUUCUCCUCCUCCUCCUGAGGAAGGAAGAGGAGGAGGAGGAGGAGGUGGUUCUCUAUUCGAUCAACUUCAGGUUCUAAGCAACGAGACUCAUGUACAUGAAGAUGAAGCCUCAGAUACAUUACUCAUGAAGCCAUCACAAGGAGGAGGGAAGCCAUUAACAGAGUCUAGUACUUCUUUCAACGAUGAUUUAAUUGGACUUUUUGAUGGGUCCUCUUCAACAUCAACAUCUCUCACUUCUGGCCAGCCUUCCCUUCCUCCUGUGUCCUCUCUCCCUUCCUCUUUUGAUACAACUACCUCUCUCUUACCUACUCCUUCCCCCUCCUCUUCGCCUGCCCCUACUCUCCUUGCUAUAAUGGAUGCCCCCUUGUCCUCUAAUACCGUGAAACUGCCUGAUGCUUUAAAUAACGUCACAUCAGUCAGUGGUUGGAACAAAAAGGAGUUAGUCAGUGAUGGGCAUAUCAGGCUCUCUGUCACUAAAUUGCUUCACCCUGAUAAACUGGCAUUAGUUUUAACGCUCUCAAAUCAAAAGCAAGCCCCAAUCACCUCUGUCAACAUGAGCUGUACCCCACCAUCAAACACUAAGGGACUAAGGUGGAAGGACGGAGAGGAAGAAGAGAGCGAAGAAGAUUUAAGCUGGACUGGAGAUCUUGAAGGAUUUGCUAAUGGUACCCUUAUACUGUCAUUGGUUCCCAAAGGACCCUCAAUUGCAAUGAAUCUAAAAGGAGAGAUACUCUACACUGAUAAUACCAAAACACAAAGACGUCUAUUCUAUGAUAUUGCCCUCUAUCCUACUGAUUUCAUGAGACCUUACGUACAGACCACGCCACAGUUUGCUGAGAAGUGGGGCUCCUAUUCUAAUGAAAAGAAACUGUCAUUGAAACUGGACUCUAUCAAGACUCCUGAUGAUCUCAUGAAACUUGUGUCCUCUAGGUUUAAUUUUCACGAAAUCCAAAUAAUAGGUUUGUGUGGUGUAUUUCAUUAAUUUACUUUCUCUCUCUCU